AUGCGCACCGACGGUAGCUGGAGCAUGAGCCGAGCAGGCCACGUGAACCAGUCUCACAGAACUACGAGGGCCUGUGCAUGGCGUACGGCCAAGCUACUGGGUCACCGACGUGACAAAGCUCAGUCAUCGCUUCCUCACUGCGGACAACCUCAAGCUCUCGGACGAGCUCCGCUGCCACGGCAUGUCCCUCAUGGUCGCCGUCGUCGUCAACAACAUCAUGGCUACCUCUACGCGAACACGACUGUGUACCAGCUCACGACCAAGCUCAACCAGUUCUGCAACUUCAUUGGCGACAUCUUCACUACCCUGCCGAAUAUUGGUUCUCUACCGAAGAACAUCACCAUCACUGUCUACACAUCCUGGGCUGCGUCGAGCGCAUGA